ACUAAUAGAUACUUGUGCGUCUUGAAAUAUCUUAUACUACAGUAAAUACCUACAAUUUACUUUCAUUUUUUUGUAAGAAAGUUAAAUGAAUAAACACAUUUACAUAUCAAUCCUACGAAAUAUAUUAUAAGUUUUUAUUAGCGAGAUCAUCGCAUGCUAAAGACGAUAAAGUUUCCGAACCUUGGAUCGAAUAAUGGAAAAUAAGAUAUUCAAUAUAUAAGGAAACUACAAGAAUCUCAGAAACUUUUAUUAAGGAAAAUUAAAAUUCAUAGAUCUCUAUAUAUAUUAUCAUCAUAUAUCCAUAUAGAAAAUUUUCCAAAAUCUAUAUAAAAGAAGAAACGUUUCUCCGCCACCCAAAAACCUCCCAAAUUUUUUUUCCCUAAGGUUUCUCAAGAACAAGAACAAAUAACAAAACAUCUUUGAUCUAGAUCGAUGGAAUCAUCUUCCAAUCACAUGGCAUGUCUCUUGAAGAUAGAAUCUCCUACACCGGGAUGGAAGAAAUCUUUGGAAAAAUUACUCAAGACCAUUAAUGAUGUGAGUUUCAUGAUUGACAAGCAAAGCAAAACGGUAUAUCUAUCUGGAAAAAUCGAUCCACAAGUAAUACUUGAAAAGAUUACAAAAGCAGGCAAAAAAGCAGUUAUAGUAUGGAGCAAUAAUGGACAGAGUAAGCAGCCGGAAAAUCGAAAAGACCAUUUGAUGGAACAAUGUUAUGCGUCGGGAUACAUGAAUGUUCCUAAUGGUUUCUCAAACUAUCCUCCGCCUAAUUAUUGGAUGAAUCAACCGCAACCAUACAACCACACUUUAUGUCCUCCACCACCAUAUACACGUCAGCUCCAUCCGCAGCCACCACCACCACCACCGUACGAAUUCCACCAGAAAGAACCGGUGGCUAAGAGUUUUCCGCCUACACCAGUUCCGCCUAAAAACUUUACGAUGGGAGAUUUGACACUAGGUUGCAUGAUAAUGUGAAAACUUACCGUGUUGCAUGAUUUUGUCUUCUUUUUUUAACAUUCGUUAAUGUCAGUUUGUGGAUCAUAACAAAGAUUAAUGGUUAUUAAGGAUCUUUUGAGAUUCUCCUAAAGUAACGUAAGACUUCUCGGAAACUAGUUAGUUUGUAACACAGUCUAGGAUUCUUGUAGUAUCAGAAGCUUCUAAUUUUGGUCUGAAAUCAGA